GCUCAAAAGUGAAACGAGCUCAGCGAGUUUACGAGCAAGAACUACACCUCCCAUGUUGCACUUCGAGUUUUUGACCUGCAUGACUCCAUAACAUUGCGGUAGAGCUGCUUAUCUUUGGAAGGUUGUGACUGUGUAAGUUGAUGUAAAAUAACAAUGACAGAAGAGGAAUUCUCCGAUAUAAACGGAAAUACGAUCUCACUGGAUUGUCAGAAUCAUUCUGAGUUUUGCAAGGAGUUCACUGUAAGCGUUCCUAAACUAUCUCUGCGGAAAGUGAUGAACUACACCUGCGCAGUAUGGCUGACCGCGUAUGCUGUGUUUUUUGCUACUGACAAUACCAAUGUCUUGUCGGCAGCUAUUAUUGUAACCCUUGUCGGGAUGAUGCUUCACCUUCACUUUGUGAAAAUCGACCAUGAGUCAAUGUUAAUUAUCGGCUCCCUUGGGAUUCAGAUUUCUGCCUCAUAUGCCUCCGGCAGGGAGAGCACGUCCUUUAUAGAAAUGAACAAGGUCAAAGAUAUUGUUAUUAAUGAAGCCAUUUAUAUGCAAAGGGUAAUUUAUUACCUUUGUAUACUGUUAAAAGAGCCUUCAGAUCCAGGUGGAGUCGGUGCUGUUGUGCCGCUAUUCCAGAGCUCCAAGCCUCGCCUCAAUUGCUUGGAAGAAGUCUAUAAAAGUUGUCAAGACAUUCUGGGGCAAAGUUAAGAGCAUCAAUAUAAAGGGGAAGGAUGAAAACUGAAGAUACGUGUGCCUAGAGGACUAUCCAGCCGAAGACAAAUAAUUAUAGAAUAGUACACCAGUAGCAAAAGUAUGUAUCAAUGACACACAGGGUCUUAACCAGAAUACUACAAUUUAUAAACUCUAAGUGAACUAAACCCUUUCCAAAUAUGCACUGUUCUCAAUGAAUGUAGUGCUGUUCAGGGUUAGGCUGCACACACAGUAAAUCACAGUUUAGGUUAGAAAAAGGUGAAUCAGGAUUGUGCUGUUGAGCCAUUAGGUUGCUACUGUGACACCGCCUUUGAAGUAACUCAUCGUGAUUAUUAAUAGCUGUGCCAUUUUAUACUAUACCCCUUUGAAAACUUCAGUGCCCUGUUCAUUUACUAUAUAUAUAUACAGACGUGCUCAAAUUUGUUGGUACCCCUCCACAAAAAACGAAGAAUGCACAAUUUUCUCUGAAAUAACUUGAAACUGACAAAAGUAAUUGGCAUCCACCAUUGUUUAUUCCAUAUUUAAUAGAAAUCUGACUGCUUUUGAUUUUUUAUUCAACAUAAUAUUGUAAAUAAGAAAACAAAUGAAAAUGGCAUGGACAAAAAUGAUGGGACCGCUAACCUAAUAUUUUGUUGCACAACCUUUAGAGGCAAUCACUGCAAUCAGACGUUUUCUGUAGCUCUCAAUGAGACUUCUGCACCUGUUAACAGGUAGUUUGGCCCACUCUUCCUGAGCAAACUGCUCCAGCUGUCUCAGGUUUGAUGGGUGCCUUCUCCAGACUGCAAGUUUCAGCUCUUUCCAUAGAUGUUCGAUAGGAUUCAGAUCAGGACUCAUAGAAGGCCACUUCAGAAUAGUCCAAUGUUUUGUUCUUAUCCAUUCUUGGGUGCUUUUAGCUGGGUUUUUUGGGUCAUUAUCCUGUUGGAGGACCCAUGAUCUGGGACUGAGACAGAGCUUUCUGACACUGGGCAGUACGUUUCGCUCCAGAAUGACUUGAUAGUCUUGAGAUUUCAUUGUGCCCUGCACAGAUUCAAGGCACCCUGUGCCAGGCGUAGCAAAGCAGCCCCAAAACAUAACCGAGCCUCCUCCAUGUUUCACUGUAGGUAUGGUGUUCUUUUCUUUGAAAGCUUCAUUUUUUCGUCUGUGAACAUAGAGCUGAUGUGACUUGCCAAAAAGCUCCAGUUUUAACUCAUCUGUCCAAAGGACAUUCUCCCAGAAGGAUUGUGGCUUGUCAAUAUGCAUUUUAGCAAAUUCCAGUCUGGCUUUUUUAUGUUUUUCUUUCAAAAGUGGAGUCCUCCUGGGUCUUCUUCCAUGGAGCCCACUUUCGCUCAAAAAGCGACGGAUGGUGCGAUCAGAAACUGACAUACCUUCACCUUGGAGUUCAGCUUGUAUCUCUUUGGCAGUUAUCCUUGGUUCUUUUUCUACCAUUCGCACUAUCCUUCUGUUCACUCUGGGGUCGAUUUUCCUCUUGCGGCCGCGCCCAGGGAGGUUGGCUACAAUUCCAUGGACCUUAAACUUCUUAAUAAUAUUUGCAACUCUUGUCACAGGAACAUCAAGCUGCUUGGAGAUGGUCUUGUAGCCUUUACCUUUACCAUGCUUGUCUAUUAUUUUCUUUCUGAUCUCCUCAGACAACUCUCUCCUUUGCUUUCUCUGGUCCAUGUUCAGUGUGGUGCACACAAUGAUACCAAACAGCACAGUGACUACUUUUCUCCAUUUAAAUAGGCUGAAUGACUGAUUACAAGAUUGGAGACAUGUGUGAUACUAAUUAAAGAAACUAAUUAGUUUGAAAUAUCACUAUUAUCCAAUUAUUUAUUAUCUUUUCUAAGGGGUACCAACAAAUGUGUCCAGGCCAUUUUAGAAUAUCUUUGUAGAAUAAGCAAUAAUUCAUCACUUUUCACAGCUUCUUUGCUUUAUUCUAUGACAUACCAAAGGCAUGCAAGUAUACAUGAUAAAAUAGCUUUUAAUUUCAUCACUUUUCAGGAGGAAUGAAGCAUUAUUUCAAUGAGCUGUAAGGGUACCAACAAAUUUGAGCACGUCUGUAUAUAUAUGUGUGUGUGUGUGUAUGGGGUGGAUUAAUGAGAGUGUUUACCUGUUUGUUUUUCUUCUAUUCUAAAAUAGUUUUUGGUUUUGUGGUUAGAAAACCACAAGAGGUCACCCUGCUGCAAAUAAAUAAACUUAGGAAUACUUAUACUGGACUGCAGCAGCAGAUGGCGCUGUGUGUAGGAUGCUACAAAGUGCAGCAUCAAAUUGUGUAUGUGUGUGGAAAAAAUACUUUCCAUGGAAAAUCUUAGCUGUACCUCGAAGAGUAUAUAUAUCCAAUGAAACUUACUCCAAUAGACUUCACACACAUGUAUUGAAUAACCUGAUUUAGAAAUAUCUUUACAUUACCAAUGAACAUAUUAGUGUGUUCAUUUAAACCGUUUCUUCUAAUGUAUCAGUUUAGAACAAAUCAUUAUGUAUUGUGUAUCAUAAAUAAAAUGUGUCUGUAAUGUUUUGUUCCAGUAUUCUUUUUAACAGCAAAAUUGUAAUUUACAUGUGUCUGUAGUUUAAAAGAUUUGCAAGUUUUUUAUUUGUUAUUCCUUUAGCCACCUUUAAUUAUAAACAAUGUAAAUGUAAUUUGUGGUUAAAAAACAUUUUAAAAUAAUAAUGAUUUCCCUUUAAAAUGCUUGAUUAACAUUGAAGGUGUACAGGUGUAGAUGUUGUCCAAUGCUAAAAUAUCUUCAGAAUACUGUUGCACUUAAGAACUAGACCAGGAAACUUCCUUCAAUGCUUUGUCUUCCCUGAAUCCUUUUUUGCUUGCUCUUGAUGGUUAGCAUUAUUAAACUCUUGUUAAUUGUAAUGGAAAUAGUUAACCUUCAUCAGAAAGAGUCUGGGUUAAAUACAGCUGAGGAGCAGUAUCGCAAAACUGUAUUUUGGAACAGGUGUGCAUGGCUUACCAUGUAACACUGAAUCAUUUUAGUAACUGGAAUUUCUGGCACACCCUGUGCAUUUAGAACGGUGCUGCUUGUCAUGUAUCCUGACUCCUUAUCCUGCACCGGUGCAAAGCAGUCUGAGGUCAUUGCACUGAAUGAAUGUCUGAGAUCACCAUUGUUCUUCUUUUAAUCAGUGACAUUUCAUGUUUGAUGAUUACAAAAUCCCUGAAGUGUGACGUACCCAGUCGACAGCAGGACAAAAGGUUGAAAAUGAAUACUGAAGCAAAUUACUCAUUAUGAAGAAACAUGGCCCUUUGUAUGGUUUUAAUUUACCUGUGAGGGUUUCAAUGUCCUGUUAUCUCUUAAAACACACUUCAGGGUAAAUUUUUGGAAAGCUUUGGUUGUUUUUCUACAGUGCAUAAUAUAGUAUAUGUGGCCUGUUUUAAAACACCAGUGUUCAAGAGUUGUUUUCAGUUUUACUUAGUGUCUAACAACAUUCUUCCAAAAUGUAGCCUGUGUACAGUACUUUGUCAACCUUGUUGAUAGUCCAGUUUGUUUGCAUGCCCCACAGAUAGUAUAAGAUAAAUUAGAAACAAGAUUUCUCCUCUCUUUAAGUGGCUUGACACUUACAUUUACGAUUACAUUUUAAUUAUGACCCUCCCAUCCUUAAAGUGAG